GAGACCAAACCCUAAGAUUUGCUUUAAAAGUAUUCAAAUCUCGAUUUGUUCACAAUGAUCGUCCCAGUUCGUUGCUUUACUUGUGGAAAGGUGAUUGGGAACAAGUGGGAUACAUACCUUGAGCUUCUCCAGGCUGAUUACGCCGAAGGGGAUGCUCUUGAUGCACUUGGGUUAGUCCGUUACUGCUGUAGGCGUAUGCUUAUGACUCACGUCGAUCUAAUCGAAAAGCUUCUAAACUACAACACUAUGGAGAAAUCUGACCCUAACUAGAAAAUAUUGCAUAUUAACGAAUAAACACAUCACCAGAACAGAAGUGAAGGAGUGAUACAUCUCAUGCUCAUUCAUAUGGACAGACAGGCUUAUCUUACUCUCUGAAUAAUAAACCACAUUGUUUUAAAAUUUUGUUAAGUUUAGAAAACUAUUAAUUAUUUUCUCAUAUUCUUUGUUGGGGUUUACGAAUGUAGACAACUUUUCGAGCCAAAAAUAAAGCUCAAAGUCUGUCAUCUGUUGAAAUUAUCUGUGAUUGUUUCAAGAUUUU